CUGCGCGUCGUGAUUUGUGCUCCCUUCAUGUUCCCUCGGAAAUGAAUCAUGAGAUCGCGCUCCAGCUCCAGCUCAGCAGCGAGCUCUAUCCCGCCAAGCCAUGUUCCCCACAUGCGGCCCGCCGGAUCUGCUCCCUGCCGGCGGACGCACGUUGACGGUGCUGGAGUCCGGGACUGCUGGUGGCCCCAACAUUAGGCGUUUCAAGAAAUCUACUUCCAGGCGAGCUGUCCUCUAUUACUGUCUGACACCUCUUCACUUUUCGGAGCCUGUUCAGCUCGCGUCCUCUUCUUCCCUUUCACCCGUUCUCUCCAUCGCGCCCGCCCUCAUCAUGGCUGUCGACCCCGCCACCCGCAAGCGGGUUCUUCGCGUCAUCUUCGUGUCCCUCCUCCUCGACCUCCUCUCCUUCACAUUCAUCCUACCGCUGUUCCCCAAGCUCCUCGAGUUCUAUCGCGACCGCGAGGCGCCCUUGUCCGCCGAUGCGCCCAAGGCCACGCUACUGCAAUGGCUCCUCAGCGGACUGAACCGCUACAAAUCCGCAUUUGAACGACCCAUCGAGGCGCGCUAUGACAUUGUGCUGCUGGGCGGCGCCAUGGGCUCGCUGUUCAGUCUCCUGCAGGCCAUCGCGUCGCCCUUGAUCGGGGCGCUGUCGGAUCGCUACGGUCGUCGCACCGCGCUGCUGGCUAGCAUGACGGGCAACAUUCUCAGCGUCCUGCUGUGGGUCGCCGCCGUGGACUUUCGAACCUUCAUCUUGAGCCGGAUCGUGGGCGGUCUGUCGGAGGGCAACGUGCAGCUGGCUACGGCCAUGGCUACCGACAUCUCUGAUGGGGCCUCGCGUGGAUCGACCAUGGCCAUCAUCGGCGCCUGCUUCUCCAUUGCGUUUACCUUUGGUCCUGGGCUGGGCGCCUACCUGAGCACCAUUCCGUCCGUGGCUGCCAAUCCAUUUGCUACGGCCGCUGGCGUGAGUCUUGGUUUGAUUGUGCUGGAAACGAUCUACCUCUACUUCUGCCUACCGGAGACCCUCCCUGCACUGACCGGGAACGCACCCGAGAAGAAGGAGGAGAAGAAACCCAAGGUCUCCUUGGAGCGCACAAACUCUCACUUCCUCCUGAACGCGGUGCACUUUGUGUUCCUCCUCUUCUUCUCGGGCAUGGAGAGCUCGCUGUCGUUCAUGACGUACGAGUUAUUCGCAUUCGGAUCCUCGAAGAACGGGCGGCUGCUGGGCUUCGUCGGUUUGGUGGCCUCUCUUCUCCAGGGUGGCGUCACUCGUCGCCUUCCCGCCCUCACAUCGGUGCGCACGGGUGUGAUCUCGUGCCUGGCCGCGUUCUUCUUGCUGGGGAGGGUGUCGACGAUUGGUGGCCUGUAUGCGGCCGUGACGUGUCUGGCCGUGACCUCGGCGACCGUGGUCACCGGACUGAAUACCCUGAGCAGUUUUGAGGCGAGCGAGGACGAGAGGGGCGGCAAGCUCGGAAUUCUUCGCAGCUGGGGCCAGCUCGGCCGAGGAUUGGGCCCAAUCUUGUUCACGAGCGUGUACUGGUGGGCGGGUAGAGAGGUGGCGUACAACAUGGGCGCUGCUGGUAUGGCGGUUGUCGCGGCGGCAGUGUUGCUGGGGCUCAAGACACCAAAGGGGGCGGAAGGGGUCAAGGCUGGGAAGAAGACCCAAUAGGUGGAAAGAAUACAAGGGCGGGCUUGUUGCCAUUACCUGGAGACGAUGAGUGAGCCCACAUAUACCAUCAACAGAGACUGCCCGUGACUGUUCCAUGCAUCGUCAUCCAGAAAUCAAGCACACAGCCGGACACCGCAGGGAUGCCAUCUUGGCUAGACGU